AUGAUGCUUUUGCCUCAAGAAUAUUUAGAGGAUUGUAUUGUUAUUUUAGCCGAAGGUACUCGAAGAUUCUAUGAUUUCCUCAAAAUAUGUGGUGUUCGAAGAUUUAUUUUCAUUUCAAGUGGAGAAUGGGUUCAUACUAACCAACUUGCUGUUGCCGUUGAAGGCAGACCACAUUUUGCACAUUUCGGAAUACCAAUUCAAAUGCUACAUGAUAGAAUUACAGAAUUUUACAAUCUCAGCCAUAUUAUUCCCACUAGGAAUGUCCUUCUCAAUAGACAAAGAGGAGUACAAAGAUCUAUUCUUAAUUUUGAUGAGAUUGUAAACCGAGUUAAAACAGAUAUUCCUAAUUUUAACUUUGAAUGUGUCGAAGACAAAACAGACACUCUUCAAAGCUAUGCAAAGUUCUUCUCAACAAUUCAAUUCCUAUUUACUCAUUCAGGAAGUAAUUGCAAUAAAGCAUUGUUCAUGAGAAAAGAUACAGUGACUGUUAUUUGCGGUUCUGACUUUUUUGAUGUAGGAAGUCUUUCAAUGAUCCUUUCUAUAGGAAUUAAUUGCGUUGUUUAUCAUAAUACUUAUAAUCAUUUUAUAGGUAAGGUAUAUCCUGAUGUUGACCUGACAAUAGACGCAAUCAAAGCAGGAGUGUGCUUUAUAGAGAAUCAUCAUUGGCCUAAGAUCACUUCCAAUGUUACUUUUAUAGAUUAUAUUAAAAAAUAA